AUGGCAGUACACCCCUCUCAGAACCGGCCUCCUUCUCUCAAAAUCAGAUCGAACAACCGAAGGAUCUCUGCCUCUUCAACAGACGGGAAACCAGUCAAGGCGCCAGGCAGAAAAAUCUCGUCAUUCUUUGGUUGGAGGACCGCCUCUCCCACGGGAUCGGACUCUUCCAGCACCGACCUCUUCGACGCCGACUAUCCACGGUUGUCUUCACCCUUGCCCUCCAUGCCACAUUCUCCCAUGUCCACCAAGCCAACAACCACUCCCAUUGACGUUUCCAAGGCCAAUGGCAUCUUCCACCCCUCUCUGGGCGCCCAGCUCAGCUCCUCCAGCUCUCAGACCCCCGGUUACUCGACCAGGAUUAACGAACUCGAAAAAGAGCUUCGGGAUGUCAGCUCCGAAUUGGCCAGCUCCAUUCGACGAGAAAUGGAGCUGGAAGAUCUGGUGGACAGGCUGCAGUCAGAGAUGCCGUCGGAUGACUAUCCGCGCACCAGUGACUAUUUCUCCGACUCUGGUGCCAGUUCCAUCCGGUACUCGAGCAGCCGAAUCGAAGAAUUAGAGAAGACGAGGCGCGCAGCGGAACAGGAGCGGGCUCGACUAAAAGUGGAGCUUUCACAAAGGCUGCAGGAGGAAAUAUCCCAACGGACGGCAUCCGAGUCCCAUGUGCAUAUCCUAGAAGCUCAAGUACAGCAGCUCCGCCGUGAGAGAGUCGAUCUGUCCGAUCUCGCGUCUAAGAACAGAGAGCUAGAGAUCGCGUUGGAGGAUACCCGAAGGAAACUCGCAGAGGAGAGGCAGGUGAAAGACAACUUCGAGGAUCUCCUUACCGCUGUGAGGGUAGAAAUAGAGCAGCUUCGAAACGAGCGAGAUCACCUGCGGGAUGUCGUGGUCCCUCAGUUGCAGAGCCAGAACAACACCAUGGCGCCUGCAUCCGACCACUUCGAAAUCGACCAAUUGCUAGGGGAAAUUGCGGCGUUGAAAGUCGAAAAUGCUUCUCUAGCCCAGUUACAGGGCGGUUCCCUGGCUCGAAUGCCCUCGAAGAAAGCAACUAGCCUAGCGCACUCUGGCUCCCUUUCAAGGUCCAAUUCGGUGGCUAAAAGAGAUCGCGAGAGUCGAGAAUCACUUGCUGAGAGAGUCAAAGAUAUAGAGGAACAGCGUGACGCCCUUCACCAGACGUUGAAGAGUCUACUUUUCCGACAUGCUUAUGAAGCUCGAGAACAUGAAAGACGCGUCAAAGCGCUGGAAUUGGAGCUUGAACAUGCCACACAACCAGGGUCUCGAGGCAAGCUAGGGUAUGAAAGAGAGGUUUAUAACUUGCGUGAUGAGAUCAAUCGUCUUAGACAGCGAGCCGAAGACGCCCUGGUUCAGAAAUGGCAAUGUGAAAAGGGAUUAGCGGGCCUCAAAAUGGACCUCGACCGUGCAGAACAGCAAACGACUUCCUUGCGAAUGCUCCUCCAGGAACAUGAUAUUGAUGUUCCCGAAGAAAUCACCGCUAGUCGUGAAGUUCUCGCUGAGGUCCAGGCCACUUCAUCGUCGCUGGAAUUUGCUUACGAAGAGCUCCAAGCAGAUAGGCAAUACGCCGAAGCCAAGUUCUCCGAGUCGCCGGAUGAAUAUUCCGCCGAGUUGAUGGCCUCAGUUGACAGAACGCAAAACCUGUCAAAUUAUGUGCGACAACAACUGAAGGCCAAUGAGUCCCUUCGCGGCCGUCUGGCUCAUGCUAUCGGCCAAGGCGAGGAGGAACAGCAAAUCUCAGCAAGCCGCAUUAACGAGUUGCAGAACCGACUCAAGGAACUAGAGGAUCAACUACUUGCGGCGCAGCAGCACUCCGAGGAAGAGGUGGCCAAGCAUGAAGAUGAAGUCAACAGGCUCAAGGAGACUCAUCACCGACAGAUUUUGCGCCUAAAGAAUGGAUCCAGGACUCCCGUCUUGCUUUCGCCCCAGCUACCCAAUUCCCCCUUCUUCGCCCGCUCCCCCCGUCUAGAUAGGACCACCAGCGGCGACGGAAUUCCGCUCAAUGAAGCGGUUCAAACGGAGAAUCUCGAGAGAAUGGUCAAGGAGCUUGAGAAGGCCCUUCGCAACGCAGACUUGGAAAUGGAGGAGGUAAUUAGCCGAAUGAAUCGGGCACAAAUUGACGUGGCGGAACUACAAUCCGAUAGGUUCGUUGAUAUUGACUUUCGUUUUUUUUUUUUUUUUUUUUUUUUUUUUCCGACUCGAGGUCUGCUAGUUACUGACAAAUUGGAACAGAGACGAUGCACUCCGUCAGACUCGGAAACUCCAGGCUGAGAUCCUUGCUGAACGACAAGCGUUCAAGGCCCUGAUGGGUUAGUGGCCUGCUCAUACUUACUGCAUAGCCCGAGAACCACCCGAGCACGAUAUCCCGCUUCCACGAUUGCUUGUAUUUUUUAGCCAAAUUUUGUUUCUUUUGGCUUGAUUAAUUUCUUCUUCUCGUCUUCCCUCGCGGAUGCGUUAUUUGAGCGGUUUCAUGUAUCAUUGAGCUUGGUGUUGGGGUGUUGGGUUGAAAUUGGGGGCCAUUGUCUGGGCUCCUCCCCCCUUUAUAUAAUUUUUGGGCCUGUACAUAUUUAUAUCCCUUCGGUAUUAUUGCUGGCGACGUCGAUCUCUUAGCCAGUGGUGGGUUCUGCGGCGAUGUUAGCAUUGUGUGGCUGUGCGUACGCACAACGUUUUGUUUUUCUUUUGCAAAUGGCGGCAUAGACUGGAUUGACGAGAUCAACCUAGACGCUGCGAGAAGCUUGUAUAUUAUAUUACUUUGGACGCAUUACUAUUAUCAAUGUUACUAAAUGUUAUGUGUCCACGCAGCUCGAUCAGUGUCAUCUAGAGCCGCUGAGCUUUUGGAUAUUCCGACUCUUGGCGAAUAUGCUAGGUAUGAGACAAU